GCACGCUGCUGACACUCUAUAGAUGCCUUGACAUCCAACAUGGCCACCUGAUAUGUAGCAGACGAUACACACAGGUGGCAUGAAGAGUUGUAAAUAAAAUCCACCCUCUAGAUUUAAUUAUGAGUGGACGUGUGCAGAAAGAGAGUGCCGAUGACUCUGACCGCAUCGACGAUGCAGUGGAUCCAAGAGUGCAGAUUGAACUUGAGAGAUUGAAUACAGCUACUGAUGACAUUAACAAACUAGAAGUUGAUUUAGAUGAAGCAAGGGCGACUUUUAGAGAAUUACUGUGCGAAUCAACAAUCAAGAUUGACACUUUAGCUAAGAAACUUGGAGCUUGUAUCGAAAAGUCCAGGCCAUAUUAUGAUGCUAGGUUUAAGGCAAAAGAAGCACUACAAGAAACGCAGAAAGCUGCAAUCAGAUUUGAGAGAGCCAAUAGUCAACAUGCAGCAGCUAAAGAAAUGGUAUACCUAGCAGAAGAAGGGUUACGAACUGAAGGAAGAUGCUUCGAUCACGCUUGGCAGGAAAUGUUGAAUCAUGCUACAUCGCGAGUCAACGAGUCGGAGCACGAGAGAGCUCUCUCUGAGGCAGAGCAUAGGCAUACAACCGCAUUGUAUCACAAAGCGGAACACGAAGUUCAGAGAUUACAACGUGAAUUGAAACGAACUAUUGCCAAAUCUAGUAUGGGUGCACGUCGCAGCUUGCUUCUGAUAAACAGUAUCGCCUACAGGCACAACUUGCUCAUGUUGCCUUACUAUGAAAUGAAAGCACAUUUCAAUCAAAUGCUGGAGGAGCAGAAAAUGAAAGUCAGUGCGUUGGAGAGAUCAGUUGGUGAAGCGAAAAUGACAUAUGCGGAAGCAUUACGAAAUCUUGAAAAAAUCAGCGACGAGAUUCACAGGACGAGAAGAUACGACGGCACGGAUGACUGUGAUAAGAAUGCACAAGAUGUAGGCGAUCAUUCCACCGUGCCGACCAACACAGCGACUCCAACGGAUUCUAGUGUGACCGGAUCUCCGGACAGCACGGAUUAUACUAGCGACGAAUAUUUGCGCCUUCCUGAUAAAAUAAGCCCAAGUGUGCCGUGUCCAAUGCCUACGAAAAUCGACCGAGACUCGUCGUCGGAAUAUCUGGGCCUAAACAACCUGAAUCUCUCAUCCACUGAACCACGUAAAUACAUAAAACGUGACCGUCCACGGAGCAUCGCGGCGACCGACUCGAAACAUAUCGUACCUCUAAAUCACACGAGCUCCUCUGCACCGGGCCUGGCGGAUCUAUCGGGAAUUAUUUCUCCUGUCGAAAAGAGAGUGAAGAUCCAGUCGCCGGUGAAGGAUAGCAAGAGCAAUAUCGCGACUCAAAAUGGAGAGGAGUGGACGGAGAUCAGUUUGAAUAACUCGCCGGACGAGAUUUACUACAACAAUGACGUGUACUCCGACGAGGAGGAUCAGAUUCCCUACAAACCGCUACCGAUGGACCUGAGCCCGGAGAUUGCUCAGCCGAUCAGCGCAACCGUCGAGCCGCUGAAGGAACAGUCCAAUCGAAAAAGACUAAUUACUCAAAAAUCCUUGCCCACGAUAUCGAAAGUGAAUGAAGUUACUUUGAGUGAAGAAAAGAAAGCCGAAGUUACGAGAAGUCCGUCAGUGAAGAACAGAGGCAAGCUCGACGGUAGCUUAGCCAAUUGGAUAACCAGAAGUUCAGCUGGGGGUGAGGCCAGCGGUGGUAGUUCCACGAAUUCAAGUAGAAGACAAUCUCUCGAUAUGUUAUGGAGCGGUGGUACGGGAGAACGCGUCAAGGAAUUACUCAAUCACGGUAUGAUGAUGCUAAACAUAUCUAGCUUGACGGAACGACGUUCCAGCGAACCAAAGACAGCGGAGAGAGACAAGGAGAAGUCUGAAAAGUCCGAGAAGUCGGAGGGUAAAGGAAAGAAAGUCCCUAGUCCAUUAGAGAAAACGAUGAGCUAUCUCAAUGCCGAUGAGGAGACGUCGGACAGCGAAAGCUUAGCUAGCGUGGAAAUGCUAACGGAGGAUCAGAUCUCCUCGCUCAUGAUGGAGCCGGAUAUGAACCAAGUAUGCCAAGAGAUUUUGGGGACCCCCUUGGUCGAGGUGUGUCCAUUAUUGCAACAACUGCAACAGCAACAAUAGCCUUAUCGUGAAGGGACUUGCGUGACCGAGCGGCGAGGAGUCAACAAUAGAAAGUGUUCAAGAUCGUUAUAAAAUGAUAACGUAAAUUUAAGGCACAUCUUUUCCGUUGAGGUACCGAGCACACACAGCAAUUUGUUUUUCGUACUACGCGCUACUAUACGUUUCUAUUCAACGUUGUUAUGACUUUAUAAAUUUGUUUGACGUACGUGAUGUAGAGCGAAGCAAAAGAACAUAUUUUUGGGGCAAUCGUGGAACCGAUGUUGUAAAUAUUAUUAUAUUCGGGUGUUUUAUUCGGUAUCAAGUUACUCUGUUAGUGAAAACGAUCUACAUAUACAUUUAUGUAGGGAUAUAAUCGGUUGAAAGCUUUUAGUUGACUUAGGAAUCGCUUGAAAAAAAAAAAAAUAAGCAAGAAAGGAAAGUGUCUCAUGAGCUCCUCGGACACUAUAAGAAGCCUAACGAUCUUUUUCGUGGAUACGCUUACACAAGAUUACCUUAGAUUGUCGCUUGGGGAGGGGGGACACAUCUUUCCGAACUUAUUCUAUAAAAUCUUUCUAAUAUUUAGCAUUUGGUAAACUAACGAAACAUCAUUCGCUAAGAAAGCAAUAUGUAGUUAAUUAAUUCUAGGAGAUUGUGUAGUUCAAUCUAGAUAGUCGUACACGAAUUUAUUCCGAGUUGCAUUGAUUCUAUUAUUUGCUUGUCUUUGAUACGCGACGACUGCUAUCACGUUGAAGUCUCUCGGAGCGUUUAAGGUAACUAUUAUUAGUAGAGCAUCGUGCAGCAACAGCGAGAUAUCAAACGAUCUAAGUAAAUUAGAUUAACCAUAACGAGAUUUGCGUUCACUAUACGUUACAAGACGGUCAGUUACGAUGAGUAUCAUGUUAUCCGUUGAAUUGUCCGCAAAGCACGAAGCAUUGGCGAAUAAGGAGAAGAAUUCUCAAAGAUUCUAAGAGAUUUUAGGGAGGAUUCUAGAAAGUUACGAGAUGCCAAUUAUGAUGUCGAUAACCAGAUUCUCUCUAAAACGCGGAACGACGUGUACAUAAACGUAGCGUAAAAAAAAAGAAAAGUAUGACUUCAAUCAUACACAGACAGAUCUGUAUGCAAAAUGUACUAUUAAUGUCGAAAAUGUUUUCUACAAGUUAAAUUCCAGUGGAACUCUUAGCAAAAUUUUAAGAAAUUCUACUCGAAUUUAGUUUGAAUUCAAUCAUACGUUAAUAUGUUGCAAAAAACGAACGAUCAAAUCAUAUUUUGAUAGAAUAUUUUGAAUACAGAUCAUAAAUCUCGCAGGAUUUAACAUGGCAUGCUAUCUCAUAUACGAAGCUUGUGUAAACGAUAGCAUAUGCGAUAGUAUUCCACACACACACACACACACACACACAUACACACACACACACACACAUCCGCCGCAGUUUCAGCCAGAUAUUUUUUCAAUAUUUUUUCGCUCCAACUGUGUGCGACAGGGACGACACAUGUAUCUAUCGACAAAGUACCUUAUAGUCGUCGAUGACAAGCGAGAAGUGUGAUUCGCAAAUACAAAUUAUAGUAAGCAGGCAGGUCUGGACAGUCCAAUGUGUUAUUCGCUCGUGAUAAUAAUAGAUCAGAGGAUUCGCAGCACACGAACGAAUUCCACGACUUGGGACAAGUAAGUUAAGUAAUCUAACUCCAAUCAUUUCUAUUGCCACACAUUGUGAUAUAGCUCUUAGCGAUUUUAGACAUUCAGUUGGAUUGUCCAAUCGUCGAUGAAUAUUUUAGUGCAAAGGGGUGCAUGCAAUGUGCUAUUUAUGAAGAGUAAUAUAUAUAUACAUAUAUUUAAAUUAUAAGUUAUAUGUAUAUAUAUACACACACAUACACACACGUAUAUAUACAGAUCCUAUUUAUUUUCAACGUGAUUUUCCGUAAUCGACAUUAAUUGACGACACUUUUCAUACAGCGUUUGUCAAUUUUUACACGAGAACAACAACAGUGGCAAUUAUAUUUUCUAGUAGAAAUGAUUUUACGAUUAUACGAUCGUGAUGCGCUGGAAGAGAACAAAAAGAGGAAUCAUAUGUAUAUGUCGCACACACACAUGCAACGUGGUUCAAUCGCCGACAUUGAAAGCGAGAUAAAUAUCAAUUAUCGGGAAAUAUCGUGUUUUAACAACUUAUUGUGGCUUGACGCGCGUAUACAAAGUCCAUUAUAUUGUACAUACUUUCGGUAAUGUAAUCUACUCUUUAAGGUCCGCAUUCAUAUCGCACAUUUAAUAAUGCCAAAUGUAAGGAUACGAAUGUGAACCAGAAUCUUUUUACGUGUACAAAAUGCGACGAAGUACGCUCUCUAAAUCCGCAUCCGCUGAUUCGAAUGAUUUACUCUGUUUCAAGAAAUUGAUCCGCAGCGCGAUCAGUUACUCGCUUAACGAACGAAAUUCUACCGAUUCUCACGAAUGAUAUUUUCGCGAGGAGAAUACGUAGUGCCAUGUAUCGUUCAUAUCCUUAGCUCUCCGUGUGAGUCUAGACCACUGUCGAGUAGGACCCGUAGAUGCGCGAUUCUUCCAUUCUAUUAUCACGAAGACGUACGAGGUUUGAGGUGUGAAAAUUGUUCGUCGAAAUUCCACACAUAAUCACAGCGUUAUCGCGACUCGCGGACGUUCGAGAAAUAUUUUCGUCUACGUCGUACGUCGUCGACGCAGUCCGACAAUGAGAGAUGAUAAGAAAUUAUAUUGUACAUACCUAAUAUUGUAUAUGUGAAUGUAACUAUGUAUAUACUAUUAUCCUCAUUAAAACCUCAUUACGAAAAUAUACGCCGUGAGAAAAACCGUGUAACGUUCGCCACGUGUGGCCGUUCGUUUAUAAAUUUCCGUCUGUUCGCGAUCAACUCAACUGAC